AUGUCCUCCCAACCCCAUCAUGGCCAUUCCGCGACGUCACGUCAAUUCCCUGCCUAUAACCCCGUGGCCGCAGUGACAGCACCUGCGGGGACCUUGCUUCCGGGCACCAAGAUCCAAGUGGGCAGCCAUCGUGUGGUUGUGGAGAAAUACCUCUCCGAAGGUGGUUUCGCUCAUGUCUACGUGGUGCGAUUGCCUCAACCCAUCGAUGGCACUGAGACCGCUGUCCUCAAGCGGGUCGCCGUGCCGGACAAGGCGGCCCUCGCCAACAUGCGCACCGAGGUGGAAACAAUGAAGAAACUCAAGGGUCACCGGCACAUUGUUAAGUACAUUGAUUCGCACGCCUCGCAGCUGCGCGGGGGCGGGUAUGAAGUAUUCUUGGUCAUGGAGUACUGCGCGGGCGGUGGUCUCAUUGAUUUCAUGAACACCCGACUCCAGCACCGUUUGACAGAGCCAGAGAUUGUGAAAAUCUUCUCUGAUGUUGCCGAGGGUGUUGCGUGUAUGCAUUACCUAAAACCUCCUCUUCUCCAUCGUGACCUGAAAGUUGAGAACGUCUUAAUAUCGGGCAAGGGGAGUUCCGCCAUAUACAAGCUCUGUGAUUUUGGAUCCUCGGCUCCGCCUCGCCCUGCUGCUACUACCGCCGCGGAAGGCCGAUUGAUUGAAGAUGAUGUGCAGCGGCAUACAACACUGCAGUACCGGAGCCCGGAGAUGAUUGAUGUCUAUCGGAAGCAACCCAUUGACGAAAAGAGUGAUAUUUGGGCUCUCGGCGUGUUCUUAUACAAACUGUGCUACUAUACAACCCCAUUCGAAGAGAUCGGCCAGAUGGCAAUCCUUAAUGCGACCUUCAAAUACCCUUCCUACCCCACAUUCUCUAGUCGGCUCAAGCUGUUAAUCGGAUCAAUGUUGAAGGAAAACCCGCGUGACCGUCCCAACAUAUAUGAGGUCGUGCGCGAGGUGUGCAAAAUGCAAGGAAAGGGAAUCCCUAUCAAGGAUAUUUAUUCCAACCGCUCUGUUUCGGAAGCACGCAAGUUCCAAGAGCUACCUCCCACGCCAACAGAAGCACCCGCGGUAGGCGCUGUAUUCUCGCCUCCAAUGCAGGAGACCGAGAUAAUCCCCGAGAUUGCGCCUAUGCGCCGUGGCCGACCAGGGAAAUCCCCCUCGUCUCAGCUUAGUUCCGCAAGGCCAAGUCCUCUACCGUUCCGAGCCACUGCCGGCAGUCCGCCGAACGAUCCGUUCGCGGCUCUGGAUGGGAACGAGGCUCGGAAGAAGACUGCGGAGGAAAUGUCAAAACGAUUCCCAUCCUUGGAUCAGUUCGAUCUUUUGCAUGAGAAAGGGGAUAGAUUUGAAUUCGAACCUUCGGUGGAAACCAAACCUGAGGAUGAGGAUCUUUCGAUAAGACUCACCCACGCCCUGGCUGACGAUGCCUUCGCGCGACGUGAAUCACCUGAACGUGCACCGAAGCCAACAUAUCAGCGCCCAUCUCAGUCUUCCCCCGUGCGAGCACCCAAAUCGUGCGAAGUUCUUGCAAAUAAGCCUGCUCACUUGUACCAACCAACUCCUCAACGGCCUGCCAUGGUAUCCACAGGCACCAUGACCUCGCCCGUUCAGACACCCCGUCUCUCAGAGCCGAAGGUCUCCACUCGCCCGAUUUAUCGGUUCCCCCCGUCUGAUAAAGAACAUCGAUCUUCUAGCCUGCCCUUGACUUCGGGGGAGGAACAUAAGGCGACACGGCCGAGCAAGGCCCCGUCACCCCCGAUGUCCGGUUUGAACGCGGAAGCAAGCCCGCGACUGUCAUCUGAUCGUUUAUCAAUUCAGACCAGCUCUGCGCGUCCCUCGAUGGAAGCUUUGAGGCAAACGCCGACAUUAGAGUUAAAUGAUCCUGUUGGACGUUCCAAAUCUGCCACUGGCAAGGCUCGGCCAAUGUCAGUACAGCCGGGAGCAAGAUAUAACUUGCCGCGCGACUCCGAGGGCUCGCGAUCCUCAUUAGACAUGUCUCGCAUGCAGUACGAGGGCGGUGCACCACUCCGAUCUGUGCGUACCGAAGCGGAUCGUGAGUCCGACCGGGCCAAUAUCUCUUCGGACGUUGAAUACUUGCGUGCGAGGGAGGUCGAGGAGAGCAACCGCAAGCGUGAGAAACGCUCCAGCGGUAGCCACAAACACAACAAGCGUGGUAGUCUGUCUGGUCUUUCCCUCUCAGGUGGCAAGAACCUCCUUGCUGGCCGCUUUGGCGAGGCAUUCCGCCGUUUCGAGGCGGGCAACCAAGAUAAGCCUCCAUCACCAUCCGCAGAGGAUAUGCCUCGGCAGAGUUUAUCGGAUUCAGCCGAUGGGGGUAUUUCGCCCAAUGAUGAUAUUGUCCUGGAAGAUGCCGACCGGGACGAUAUCUCACCAGAGAUGCGCCGGGAGCUGGAGCGUCGUCGACUGUCCCAAGAGGAGAAACGAGUUGCCAAUGCCGCAGCCGAGUACCGCCGCCAGGUUGCCGAAUCAGGUACCAGGGGUGGAAGGGCAGUUGGCGAUGGUGCUCGGUCUCGCACCAUUCAGAGCAAAAUGCAGUCGUUGCUUGCGGAGUCAGACAAGCCACCCGUCCACAAGACCGCGACAGGGUAUGGGCGAUUCACGGAAACUUCCUCUUCUUUGCAGGCAAAACAGAGUGAGGUCAAACCUACCGCCUCCGGCCAACUGUCCUCGUCUCGCACAUCUGGUCCUACUUACACGCCUCGUGACAAUUCAAUGCCAGUUCCAGACCGCCGGGGUGAUGCCAGUGCUCCCGCCAGUCCUCCACAAUCUGCCACGCCGACCAGCUACCCAUCCGCGCAACGUCCUGUAACUCGACCAGCUGCACCUCCAAAGCCCAAGAGUUUGCGAGCUGGUGCAACUACUUCGCGACCGGGUACUAGCCAUGACAAUAGGUCUCAGGCAACUCCGGUGACCCCUGGGGAGGACUGGGAGGCCAACUUUAGCCGACGAUUCCCGAGUCUCUCCGGCAUCGAAGUGGAGACGGAGAUUGAAAUGCCCAAGUUCCCUAGCUUGAGGACGCGGGAAGUGUAA